UUUUGGAGCAAGUCAUGCCGCGCUCGCCGUCGCUCCUCCCGCUGCUGCUGCUGCUGCUGCUGCCCGGGCUGGUCCCCGGCCUCGGGCUCCGCGGCGCAGGCGUGCGGCGCUCCGACUGCGGCCCGUGCCUGCCCGAGCGCUGCCCUGCGCCCGCGCGGUGUCCCGCGCCCGGGAUCGUGGCGCGCGACGAGUGCGGCUGCUGCGCGCACUGUGUGGGCGACGAGGGCGCGAGCUGCGGGGGCCCGGCCGGCGCGCGCUGCGGGCCCGGGCUGGUGUGCGCGAGCCGGGCCGCGGGGGCGGCGCCCGAGGGCACCGGGCUCUGCGUGUGUGCGCAGCGCGGCGCGGUCUGCGGCUCCGACGGCCGCACCUACCCCAGCGUCUGCGCGCUGCGUCUGCGCGCCCGGUACCUGCCCCACGCGCACCCCGGCCACCUGCACAAGGCACGCGAUGGCCCCUGCCAGUUUGCUCCAGUGAUCGCCUUGCCACCGCGGAGUGCUCACAAUGUCACCGGGGCACAGGUUUACUUGUCCUGUGAGGUGAGGGCGGUGCCUGCCCCGGUCAUUACAUGGAGGAAGAUCACACACUCUCCUGAGGGCAUCGAGGUCCUGGAGGAGUUACCAGGGGACCACGUUAAUAUAGCUGUCCAGGUGCGAGGGGGCCCUUCUGACCACGAGGCCACAGCCUGGAUUUUGAUCAGUCCCCUGAAGAAGGAAGACGAGGGCGUGUACCAGUGCCACGCAGCCAACGUGCUUGGGGAAGCCGUGGCGCAUGGCACAGUGAUGGUCCUAGAUCUGAGCAGAUACAAAAGUCCCCGCUCCCCAGCUCCAGCCGGCCGCCUGUGAUGGAUGAAGGGUCUUAGAGACACUGAUCACAGGAUAUCAAAGAAGUCAAGUACUGGAUCUUUUUGCUUUGUGAAGACUUGGGAAAACUGUGUUUGUAGAUGACCUCUUUUGUAUGUUUUUUAAAAAAUGGAUGUGAACUAGAUUCAUAUGCAGACGUAGUUUUUAGCAGAACAAACACUGGGAAAACAGAUGUACAUGUAGCUUUUUAUACUUCUUGGAAUGACUGCUCCAUGUGAAUUCUUUUUUAACUAUUCCCUCACAGGGAGAUCCCGUACUGGUAUGUUUGUAAUUCUAAAGGGCUCAAAACAAGUUGUGUAUCAGCUGCGGCUCAUACCCAUCACUGGUUAGGGGCUUCUCUGUGACUUAGUUUGUGUUGUAAAGGAGAGAGGAAGGUCCCGGCAUUCCUCAGCCUGAUUCUUGCUUGCUGUGUGACCUUACAGAUCUCUUCCCCUCUCUGGGCCUUGGUGCUUCACCUGUGAUUGUGGCAUUUGGACUGGUGUCACCAGAAUCCCUUUUAGUCCUGCCAUCCUAGAUAGAGUAAGGUAGCCCUGUACAAAAGUACAGGAAGUCUGCUCUUAGCAUUCUUUUUAAAAUGGUCUUCCCUCAAAGACAAAUUAUCACCUCAUACCCAGGGUAUGAACAGCAGGUAUGGCUUUUCUAUUCCUACCUCCCCCCCAGUUUAAGAUUUAGUCCCUGAUGGACAGCCUUAGGUUGGGGUUUGGGGACCACACCAUCUCCUGUUACCCCAGCACUCUGCAGGUGGGCAGUGAGAUCUGGCUUCUGGACGUCACAGCACGGAAGGGGAUGGGAGGGGUUAGGUGUGACCCCUGGGCCGUUGAGUCACCGUAUAGUACAGUGCGUUCUAUCUGUGGAGUUUGACCUCACCCAAGAAUAAGGCUUUCUCCCUUUUUUAGUGGAGAAAGGAGAAUAUUUACUAUCGGGUGGAUCUCCGGUGAUUAGAAGUUCUUCCUGUUAGUCCUUACAGUGAACAAAGCACUGUCCCAUCCAUGAACCCAGCCCCAGGAGGGUGGGCACCACAGGAAUCGGUGUCCUGCCCUUGUUACGGAUGAAGAAACUAGACUCUGGGAGGGAAAUUCCUUGUCUAAGUCUAGAGUUCCCUGAGCAGCGACCCUGGUUACUUCCUGCUCCAUGGUGCUUUUCCCCCAUCCUUUUAAGGGUGACCUUAAAAGCAGGGAAGGAUGCUGCCAGCAUGCCUGGCCAGGUUUUAAAGUUCAGGUUUUAAAAAACACCCUCACACUUCUCAAGUUGACCAUUAUGUAGGUACUUGUUAGAAUUGAACUUCAUGGUCUUUAAAUGUGGCCAUUCAUUAUCCAAAAUAUCUGAAGGGUAUGAGUCUCGUGUACUCCCCAGCAGAAUGGCCAACCUGGAAGUCUGGAAACAUGAGGUCCCUGGCUUGCUGUGAGACUGUGGCAGGUCCCCUUCACUCCCUGGGCCUCUGAACCCUCAUCUGAAUAGGAAGGGAAUGGAACUAGACAAAGGAUUUUCAAACUUGUUAUUUAUUUAUUUAGGUACCGGGGAUCUAACUUAAGACCUUGUGCUUGCCAGAUAGGCUUAGGCCAGUGAGCUAAAUCCCCGGCCCCAAUUUUCAAAUGUUAAAACAUUAGAGUCCCUUCUUUGAGUAACAUGAGAAUUGAAAUUGAAAGCUGUCCCCAGCUAUUGGUGGUUGGGGCUGCAUCUGAGAGUCUGCCUGCACUUCCCCUAUAAUUUGAAUGAUUCGGAGAUGACUGAGACACUUCAGCUGUGUCAGAAGGAAUGGCGAUACCGGGGCACGGAAGAAGGUAGUGAACAGCAUCUGUAAGAAGCGCGUUCGAGGAGGGCUGGGGACUUAGCUCAGCGGGACGAGGGCCUGCCUGGCAUGGCGACAUUAUGAGUUCGAUCCCCGGUACAAAAAGAGACUAUUUAGAAGAAGCACAUUCUGUGAAACCAGUCAAGUCAUGUCAGAUCUGCCUUGGUGGCAAUAAGGUGCUUUAACAUCACUGUUUAAACCAUGGUUUUUUAAAUUGAGUGUUCCAGGGCCUCUUUGAAGGCCAAAAAUUUGUACUGAGCUGCUAGUAUCAUUUAGAAGCAUGAUCCACCCCCACCCCUCAAAGCCUGUGUUUUUUCUACCCUAUUUUCAUAAAUGCUGUGAUGCUGGUCCUAAAAAUAAAUGUUUUGAAGGAUGGUC